CUGUAUAUUAGUGUUAUUGUAGGAUCGACUGCGUUCCCGCACCGACUUCAGCUUCGAACAGCAACGUCGACGAACACGAGAACGAAUGUAACAGAAAAAGAAGAAAUUCGCCCCUACAAGGGUCUUGAUGACAUUGUUACAGAGUAUUUCAGAGUGCAACACUCGAAAUGCUCUCACCCAGUUACAACUUGCCCUCCUUUCUCACUUUUUUAUCCACAUCGUUGUCCUGAGCCGCGUAACGUUGGAAUGGUCCCCGUGAACAUCGUCACUCGUUUUGCUACAAGAGAUAUUUUGCCGUACAAUACCUGGCCCUUAAAGAAGAAAAAUAUCAAGAAAGAAAACCGAGGGGGUGUGCUUUUUCGCCUGAGCAUAGAAAGAAGAAAUCCCGAGGAGCGCUUGUGGAAAUCCCAUGUAAUAGCGAACACUCGUGUUUCCUACAAUGAAAAGGAGUUAUUGCAAUUGAUUCACGACCAUCUCGUUAGGAAAGGCCUCCACUCCACUGCGGAGCAGCUUGUGUCUGAAGCGGAUCUCCCGCAAAUUCCAGCAAGUAAAGCGUCUACAACACCGGCGAGACUACCACCUCUGCCGCGAACCCGAUCUCUGGCAAUACCAGCCACUCAGCCUCGAUCUUUGGUUCUUCCUGGAGCUGCGGGCUUGACAACAACUGGGACGGCUGCUGAAGCUAGCACUCCAAUUAAUUCUUUCCAUAAACGAUUAGGAAGUGUUACCUUACCGACAUCGCAGCGGGAGCAUGGAUUCCUGGAGCCGACACCGGGCCGAGAUCGAUUGCGUUCCCGCCAGGCCGCGACUCAGCUUCGAACAGCAACGUCGACGAACACGAGAACGAAUGUAACAGAAAAAGAAGAAAUUCGCCCCUACAAGGGUCUUGAUGACAUUGUUACAGAGUAUUUCAGGAACAAAGUGAAGUCGAAGGAUGAGAGUUACGUGUUCAGUCGAUUCCGCCCUGCAAGAACAAUAACCGAGCACGAAGAAAUGUAUACCAGCUGUGCAUUUUCUAUCGAUGAUGAGCAUCUAAUCGUCGGAACAUUCACUGGUGAAGUUCACUGGUUGAAUAUGGAGACGGGAGCCGAAGAAUCCCACACAGUUUGCCAUUCGAGUGGAAUUACAUCCAUUGUUCCCAGUAAGGAUGGUAAUUUCUUGCUCACAUCAUCGGCUUAUAUCACGCCUUUAUCCGCGCUGUGGAAAUUGGGAGACCAGCAGGAGUAUGCGUUGGAUAUACCAGAUGAAUACUUCGUUCAGUUUUCGAAUCUGUCAAGUGAGAAAAUCAUUGGAACAAGCGAUAUCGUAGGAACGAUCUACGAUACUGAGACGGGUCGACUCUUGCGAAAGUUCCGCCGUGAUUCGUGUCCAACCGGCUACACUCACAACCGUGCAUCGUUUUCUCCAUGUGACACGAUGGUUCUAAAUGAUGGAGUGCUUUAUGAUGUUCGCGGACCUGUAAGUCACUCCCACCCUUCUAUCUUGUCUAUCUAA